AGUCCUACCUGGCAGUUAGGCCCCAAGGCUGAGCCCCGUGGUGGGGCCGCCUUGCUCCCUUGUCUGGCUGGCUGGGCGAGGGGUGGGGCUUUUGUCUGUAGAGUUUUAUAUUUUUCAGCUCACAUUUUAUUUUGCUUAUAUGAGAGAGAUAUACCCUCCUUGAAAAGAGGGGGCACUUAUAAAGUGACUUUGUGCAAGUUGAACAGUCCGGGUUUGCCUGUGGAACUUCACCAGAUUUCCCUACCUGGGACAUCGGAUGCUCAGCCUUCCAACUAGUCCUGGGAGAGACCUCCUUGCGGUUCCUGGACUUGGGACUUGUGGGAUUUGGAAAAUCUUGUGGGCCUUUUCACACUAGUGAGUGCUGAAGUCGAAGAUUCUGGAUAAGGCAACAAAAAAAAAUCCUUCUCUUGAAGGCGUGGGCUAAAGCCUGAGGUAUUUUCAAGAUGACCAAAGUGCCAGCCAACAAAAAGUUGCAGAGUGUCCCCAGCAAGAAGGCCCUUUGGCCCUCUUUGGACUCAGAUCAACAGACUCAGGUGCCAGACAAGACAGUGAAGAGCAUGAGGUAUAUAGACAAGGAAAUCGCAAACCUCAAAAAGGAUCUUGUACGAAGCCGCUUCCUGAUCCAGUGUGUGAAGAUAGGUCGCGGCUAUUUUGCCAUACUUCGAGAGGAAAAUGCCCUGAAAAAGCAGCAACAGCAACUCCAGAAGCUAAAGGAGGAAGAGUUAAACAAAUUCCAACCGGCGAAGAAGUACUCGGACAUCCGGUGCAGGGACACGCUGCUGACUACCUACGAGGAUGAGAAGUUAAAGAAGUUGGAGGCCGGCAUCAUUAUCCGCCCAUUCACGCCAAUCCACAGCUGCAUCAUGGCUCCCAACUUGCCCAAGUCUCACGUGGAUCCCCUCUACCGCCAGCUAUGUGCACUCCACUGGCUCCUAGAGGCCCUGACUAUCGACCACACCCACCAUAUCAUGAGGCCCUUGAUUGCCUGCUGGAACCCCAAGGACCCAGGUGGCAGCAAGAGCACAAUAAAGAAGAUCAACAAGGACAAGUCCAUGGGGCAGAGGUGGGAUCACUUCGUCACAGCGCCGAAGACCAAGAAAUUCAAAAUCCCCGCCCUUCGCACAGCCAGCCGCAAACCCAGCCGGCGAGGCUCCACCCUCAGUCUCACUAGGACCAGUGGGGGUUCUUCUCCCCAGAGCAGCAUGAUUUCUGUGAACCCCGGCUCUGACGAACCCCCAAGUGUAGUCACGCAGGCCACUGGCAGCAAAGACAUUGAAGACAAUGAGUCAUCAUCAACUAAGCCAGAAGAAGAAGCUCUCCAUGCCCACCUGCAGAAGCUCCUGGAGAUGGUCCGAGAAGACGCCCGAAGAGCGAUGAUGAUGGAGAGUGAGCUGCAGAAGAAAGUUCCCAGCAUCCUGUCUCUAGUCAAGCAAGUCAAGAGUGAUUCUGCCUGGAAGGAGUGGCAGACCACCCACAAGUCCAGCGAGAGAUCCAGCACGACGAGUGGAGAAAGUCACACCCAGGUGUCCCAGAAGAAGUCAAAGAGUCGUAUUAACCGUGACAUCAUCCAUUGCAAGAGUGGGGUGUGUAGCAUAAUGCGGGCCAAGUUUUACAGCGUAGCCCAGGAGGCCGGCUUCUGCCUACAAGACAAGAUGGAGAUCCUCAUGAAGCGCCAAGAAGAACGGGGUCUACAGAAGUUCCACUCUUUUAUUCUUGCCACGAAUUUCCAAAAGGAUUUGUCAAAGAUGAGGCACCAGAUCCCAGUGGUGAAGGGGGACGCAGAAGAGAUUGCGGAUCACUGGUACUUUGAUCUGUUGUCCAAACUCCCUGAGGAUCUGAAGAGCUUCCGGCCUGCGAAAAAGAUACUGGCAAAACUGCAGAAGUUUGGAGAGAACCUGGACCUGAGGAUCCGGCCGCACGUCCUCCUGAAGGUGCUCCAGGACCUUCGGAUCUGGGAGCUGUGUUCCCCAGACAUUGCAGUGGCCAUUGAGUUCGUGCGAGAACACAUCAUCCAUAUGCCGCAAGAAGAUUACAUCACCUGGCUACAGAGCCGGGUCAGCAUGCCCAUCCGGCAGCAGACUACCCAGGCAUAGUGGGGGCCAGUCCCAGUGGAAGAGGGCAAACCAGCACCGUGUUUCUGAGUCCAGCGUGGUCCUCCCCUCUCCUCCCUUACAUGGUUCCCUGUCUCUGCUCACUGUUGAACCCUGACUCUGCCUACUCUUCCAGAAUCCCUCACCACACCCCUUUCCUAAAAAUCCUAUAUAAUAAAAUUGAGUUGGAUAUUUAA